GAGUGGUAUGGUGCUGUGGAUUUAGGGGAGGUUGCCAGCUGCCUGGGUCUUGCCUAGGAUGGACUCUUGGCCCUUCUCCUCCCUCUUGUGGGCAGGAUUCUCUUCCAGGGAAAGGCAAGCAGUGAUGGCGAGGCCUUUGCAGCCUACAGCUGGGCUGUUCCAUAAUUCCGGGGCUCGAAGCCAAUGGACUUCCUCCGACCCAAGAAAUCAGCUCUGGCUGCCCCUUCAUUCCCUAGAUAAGCAAUAGGCAGCCCCGAUUUAGCCUUUAUUCCUCUUGUGGGGGACGGGGAGUGCUUGUCUCUCCACUCCUGGGGUCUGUGGAAGUCAGGGGCACGCUUUUAAUCCCUGUAAACGACCCACUUACUCACAUCCACCUCUGGGGUUUACUCUGAUCUAUCUGGGUCUACACAAAUUUCCACAGCACCUCCUGCGUUCAGGGGCCCUGUGCUAGGCUGUGCUGUGAGCCCUGUGGAGCUGCUCAGUGUGCGGUCCCGGUUUGGGAGGAAGCAGAGGUGCAAACCCACAGGUAAUUGAUACAGUCAGACAGGUUUAAUCACCACGGAUGAAGGAGAGGCAUGCUACUGAGAGCCACGUUAGCACACCAAGUGGGCUUUGAACUUGGGAUAUCAGAAGGCUACUUUAGGGAGGCGAGGAGGAUCUGAGCUGGACCCUGAUGCCAGGAUAAGGUCUCGAAGAGGAUGAAGAUUCAUUUACUCGACAAAUGUUUAUUGAGCGCUGUUACGUGUCCAGGUGCCGUUUUAGAGCUUUGGAGCUGAGCGGUGGCAAGGAUGAGAUCUCCCUACUGGUGGAGCAGGAGUUCUUAAGCCUCACCAAAGAACAUCUCAUCUUGGUCCAAGAGGGCUCUGGGGAGCUUGCAACACCUAUUGUCACUCCCCAGGGGACUCGAGAGCUGGCGCCCUGCUUUCUUGUGCCUCCUCUCGGGGUAGACAGCACUGAGUAUGCAGGGUCCUCCAUAAUGGCUGGUGAGAAGCUUCGGGAGCAGAAGUUAUCCAUGCCCAUCAUCGGUAGCAGGCAGGACUCUGAUUCUGCCAUGUCUACAGUCACGGACAUCCUUCAUGCCGCCAAGGUCAAGAGUGUCAAAGGGACUAAGGACAAGGGCCAUAGUCUGGGUGCCUCUAAUUCGGAGAUCAGCAAGCUCCUGGCCCAGUUCCCGCUGAAGUCUACUGAAAUGUCCAAGGCCCCGGACAACAAGAUGGUAUUGGAAGAGACCAAGGUCAUUAAGGACUUCCUGCAGAAUAGCAUGUUCAAUGGCUCUGGACCCCGAGAGCCUAUGGGGCUGGGCCCAUUCCUGCUGCUGCCACCACCGCCUCCUCCCACACUCCCUGACAAGCUCCCUGAGUUCUCUCCUCCAAAGAGGCAGCUCCCAGUGUUUGCCAAGAUCUGCUCCAAGACCGAGGCUGACCCCAACCUUGAGGGCCACCACUGGAUUGAACGAACCCCUGGCACCAAAGAGCUGGCCAAAGGUCGAGAGAGCCUCUUUCUUAGCCAGUGGCCCCAGAGCCGGAAGGACACCUGUGGUGAGGAGGCUCACAGUGACGCAGUGGGCACCAUCUCCGUGACUCUGCCAACCAAGAAGCCUGUGUGGCCAGUUGAGAAGAACCUGCUCUAUGAGUUCUUUGGGACCACCAAAAACCCCAGCGGGCAGCUGAGGCUUCGAAGCAAAGUAGAUAUGGACGGGCUGGAUCUGAAAUUUAACCCACCCGCGACGGUGCCUGACAAGAACAACAUUAAGUAUGCUGGGAACGUUUUCGCCCCCCGCUUCACCACAGCCUUGACCUCCACCACCCUGAACCAGCCUCUCUGGCUCAAUCUGAACUGUCCACCUCCUCCGGUGUUUUCCAGCCACUCUACCUUCCCACAGUAUCAGGGCCUGUACCCACAAAGGUCAACCAGGAUGCCCUACCAGCAGGCUGUGCACCCCCCACUGGGGUGCUACUCCAGACAGGUGACACCGUACAAUCCACAGCAGAUGGGCCAGCAAAUCUUCCGCUCUUCCUACACCCCCCUGAUGAGCUACAUCCCCUUCGUCCAGCCCAACUACCCCUAUCCUCAGAGGACACCCCAGAAGCUGUCCGCCAAUCCCCGAGACCCUCCCCCGAUGGCAGGAGACGGGCCUCCAUACCUCUUCCCCCAGGGAUAUGGGUUCAACUCGGCGCCCAGCGGACCCGUGAUGAACAGCCCUUAUUUUUCCUCCAGUGGGAAUGGCAUCCGCUUUUAGACUUCUCUCUCUCCCCACCUCCUCUCUUUGCCCUUGGAUCAGGGCUAAAGGUUCUGGAAUUCUGGAUUCUGCAACAACUUGGUGUGAAGUUUGGAAAGCCAAGGUUCCAACCAGGUGGCCGACAGAAAACAGCAAGACCAGAUUCAUCUACUGACCAACGCUCACCUCAUAGCCCCCCUCACACACAGAGCACACCACUGACGCACCCCCCAUUCGUAAGACCACACAGGCACCUGUAUUUAGCUAACAAGACUGGUUUUUGUUUUUGUUGUUGUUGGUAAGAUAGAAAGUAAGACACUUAAUUUAGAACGUUUAUAUUUUAUGAUAAAAC